AAUUUCUCUCUCCUAUUGAAGAGUCCGUCUAGUCUAAGACUUGAGGGGGUGGGAAGAGCAUCUUCCUUGUCUUUCAUGCUUCUCUUAUGGUAGCUUUUAUUAUUGCUAUUCUUCUCUUCUUCCUUCACAUUGCUCCAUAAACUCAGCCAUCCCCUUCCUUUAACUUCCCCCGCUCGCUCCCAACUUCAUAUUCGCAACAUUUUCAAUCUCCCAUGGCAGUUCAGGCUCAAUACCCUUCUAAUGUUUUGCUCUUAAACAGAAAUGGUCAAGAAGGGCAUGAUUAUUCAUUACAGCCACAACCAGGGGGUUUCCUUGACCAGACUCACAUGGUGUUCAACAAUAUAGGAAACAAUUCUCGCAAAAGAGGAAGAGAAAUCUCAACGGCCUCUACCAUCGGGGCUCCAAUCAAUCUCUCCGCGUUGCAGCAGCCUCGUCCUCCUCUUCUUGUUGACCUCGCCAAGCUCCACAACCACCAAAACAAUGUCGUCUCCACCGGCCUCCGCCUAUCCUCCGGCGACCAUCAACAGAAUCAAUCACAGCAACAUCAACAUAAUCAUAAUCACAAUCACAAUCACAAUCUCGUUCGUCAAUCAUCGCCUUUCUUAUCUCUAUUAACAGACAACUUCGCCUCCAAUUUCAAACGGCAACAAGACGAAAUAGACCAAUUCCUUCAAGCACAGGAAGAACAACUACGGCGCACAUUAGCAGAGAAGAGGCAGAGACACUACCGUGCGCUGCUGGAUGCAGUGGAGGAAUCGGUAGCCAGAAGGUUGAGAGAGAGAGAGGCGGAGGUGGAGAAGGCCACACGCCGGAACGCCGAGCUGGAAGCGCGCGCGGCGCAGCUUAGCGUCGAGGCGCAGGUCUGGCAGGCCAAGGCUAGGGCACAGGAAGCCACCGCCGUAUCGCUGCAGGCACAACUGCAACAGGCGAUGUCCGGCGGAGGAGGCGGCGGCGACGGAGUAGACGGCGGCAACCUCGCCGGCAUAGAAGGUCAAGCCGACGACGCCGAGUCGGCGUACGUGGACCCGGACCGAGUCGUGAUGUUGGGACCGAGUUGCAAAGCGUGUCGAAAGCGAGUCGCGUCGGUGGUGCUUUUGCCCUGCCGUCACCUCUGCCUCUGUACAGACUGCGACCAAGUGGUUCAGACUUGCCCGCUAUGCCUCUCUCAGCGAAAUUCCAGCGUAGAGGUCUAUCUUUCGUAGGGCCCAUGAACCGGGUUAUUCCAGGCCCAUGAACCGGCCCAAUUCGAGUUGCCCAGGCCCAGGAGCUGGCCCUGACAGAUCAGUUGACGGUUUUUUAUUUUUCCUCAUAAAAAUGGGGAAAAUUUUAAAAAAAGUAUUUAAGUAAUAAAAGAAUUACUUUUUUUUUUUAACUUGUCCUUUCCUCCUCUUGGAGUUGAACGGCCUUGGAGGUUAUGUACAUUGGCCACAUUGCGGAUUUCUUUUUCUUAUGGAAUUUCAUUCAUUCAUCUGUUAAUUGUUUGUUCAA